UUCAAUAUGGCACCCUUUUGAUUACCAGAUACAUUUCGCUUGUUUAAAGCUGUUUGGAUUUCCUUUACUCUUUCUUCUAUUUGCCGCUGUUUAAGAGGGAAGGAAUGGAAAAGCAUAGAACUGCCUCCCCAAUUCAAGUGACUGCAAAGCCGAUCCUUCAACCGAAGGUUGGAGUGAUACCCCAGGCCUCAGGUUCAGCUUUACCAAGUGGAGGCAAUGGCAACACCUACAAAGUACGAGUACCAAGGCACCUUGCAAAGAAAUAUUCAGUCAUGCGUUUUCAGAGCACAAAAGUAGACUUCUCAUCAAUCACAAAGGCUCAGAUGUCCCGUCAAACAGAUGCAAUUGAAGAGAGAGAAAGUGAAAAUAUGCCAACUUAUGGAGCAGGUAGUGAAUUCGGCAGAGAAAGACGCGAGGAUGCUCGCAAGAAACGUUUUGGGUUUGUUCCAAAACCCAAGAACCCUGAAGCAGCACCAUGGAAUUUGAGGCUUGGUGGCAAAACUGGGAAAAGGUUUACUGGUAGGAAGGAGGCAGGAAUCAAUGAGAAUUCCUCAUAUUACAUACUGACUCAGUGCGAAGAUGGUGCAUUUGAAGCUGUGCCAGUGAAUAACUGGUAUAAUUUUACAGCUGACAUAAAGUAUCAGACUUUAACAGCUGACGAAGCUGAGGAAGAGUUUGGUCGCCGUGAAAAGACAGUCAAUUAUUUUUCAUUGAUGGUGAAAAAACGACUAAUGGAUAACAAAGAAGACUCAGAAGAAGGUGAUGAGGUAAAACUGGACAAAAAUGCAAAAGCAGCAAGUAGAACGAGCAAUCUGAUCAUUCAUGAUGAUGAAAGAGGUUUAUCUUUGUCAGAAGAAGAGGAUUAUGAUGAUGAUGAAGAGGAAGGUCUAAGAAAAAACAAAAGCAAGGAAGAUAAACAAGAUAAGAAGGUCAAACAUAAAGGUGGACAGAAGCAACAAAAGAAAAUGAAGAAGGGUUCAGAUGUUGACAGUGACGCAUCCUCAGAGGAAGAUGGCUACUUAGAUUCUAAGGAGGUUGACUAUCUGUCUGAUAGUUCCUCUUCUUCUGAGGAAGCAGUUAAGAAUGUGGAAGUGACUAAACCCAAAGCUGAAGAUGACCUGAAUGCGGAGGAGACAUCAAGUGACGAAGAAGACGAUUUGACGCAAGAGGGACAGGAACUAAAAGACAUGUUGGAUCGAGAGGAAGGGCGAGAGUCCUGGGAUGAAGAAGAUGAAGAUCCUGACCAGGAUGAAAUCAAAGGCACUUCUGCUCUGUUUUUACAAGGCGAUAAAAAAAGAAAAAAGAAGUCUGGCAGUGGAUCCAGUACAUCAUCCAAUAGUCGUUCAUCGACUCCUACUGCGGCUGUGGAUGGUACUGCCAACACCAUUGCUGCUGCUGUCAGUAAGCUUAGUCAGGAUAGACCAGGAACACCUUCAAAAGCCAAAAAGCGUCCAGCAAGCUCAGCCAAGAAAGGCGCCACGAGUGAGGAGGGGGGUUCUGCUUCCAAGAAGCCUCGUGUAAUAUCCCCAGCACCUUCAGCGGGCACGGGAAGUGGGUCAAGAACAAGUACUCCAACACCCACUGGUAGUGAGGAUGCCCCUCAGGGGAUCACUGAGGAUGCAGUUAGAAGGUACCUUACAAGAAAACCCAUGACGAGCAAGGACUUACUACAGAAAUUUAAAACAAAGAGAACAGGAUUGUCUAAUGACGAAACCGUGAAAAAGAUUGCAGCCAUCUUAAAGAAGUUACAACCAGAUCAGAAAACCAUCAAAGGAAAACUCUACCUGUCGCUUAAGCCGUUAAGUUAAGGAUAAACUGCAAUACUUCACAAAGUAAUGGCCCCUGUAAUACAAUGGGAAGUCAGCGUCAAUCUAGCACAAAUAAGACGUUCUUUGUCGUCCAAAAAAAAUUAUGCAAAGAAAAGGAAUGGAAAGGAAAUCUGACCCACAUUUUAUGCUGUAAGGAUCUCAGGGUGGUCACACAUGAUAGGCCAUUUUAAUAGUGAAUAUGCCAUUUUCCGACUUGGUCGCUAAUUUUUAUUAAAAAUUUCAGCCGAUU